AUGGUGGCUACUACAGUGCCUGGUUCUACUGCAACCUCUCCAAAUUCUGUUGACAGUUCAGCCCCAAGCAGUUCAACAACCUUAAACGACGGACAUCAAAACCAUCAUCACCUUCUAGGCAACGGAGACUCGCUUUCUUUAAUUGCUGAAUGUAGUGGAACUGGUGGGGGAAGUAGCAGUCGAAGCAGCACUCCUUCAACCAAUACAACUUUGAAUCAACAAACUCCGCAAAAUUUGAAAGAACGCAGGCAGAGACGUUCUCCAAUUCCAGCAUUGUCUUUGGCUCCUCCGGGAGUGGUGAAACGACAUGAAUUGCCCUUCACACCUGUUCAGCCAAUUUAUGCACCAAGUGGGCAUGGUCGUCAAAUUCUGAUUUAUGAUUCUCGCUCCCAUCCUGGCCGAAGGCGGGAAUUUGCUUAUAAAACGCGUUUCACUAACCAAUCUGGAUUGACUACAGUUUAUUAUCGUUGUAUGGCAUGUCGAGCUCUUCGACAUCGGCUUCAAAGAACUCUAUCAAAAGACCGUCUACCAGCCGUUCCCUGUAUUGCCGUCAAAAAUGAUUUAUUAAUAAAUGAUCCCGACUUUCCCGAUGCUUCUGAUCAUUUUUGUUCACCCUUAACAAUUGGGGAAUCCAAUCAACGUUUAAAAAAUACUUUUGAAAGAGGACAUAAAAGGGCUAGAAUGAAGAUGGCUAAUUCGGCUGUAGAGGAGACUAUUAGAAAAGUUGGAAUGUUAAGAGCAGCAAAAUCUGAGAUUCCUAUGGAAGAGGGUAAUAAUGAAUUUUUAAAUGGAAAUAAUAAUGUAACAAUAAAGAAUGAUGUUGAUAACAAUGAAGGAAGAGAUUCUCCUAUUGUUGAUGUUAUUAAUAAUAUUAAAGGUAUUUUAUUAGGUAUAUUAUUUUAUUUUUACAAUUUUCCGGAAAUGAAAUAA